GGAAAAUAUCACGCCCGACAUGCUUGCGAAGGAAUGCGAUGAAUUUAUUGCGCCGCUAAUCAAUCGCACGGGCCCGAGUGUGAGUGUUGCGUUAUCGACAAAAGGCGCCUUGGAUCAACUCGAUUCGCUGCAUAAACUCGUGGGGCAAUUUUUGAACUUGCAAGAGCAGAAUUUGCGGAUGACGCGUGCUGCGAAGACGGCAAACACGUUGUUCGGCCUGAAAAUGAUACAAAAUCAGAUUAAAGAAGAUCCCGAGAAGUUUGUGGCGAAUAAUGUCAAUGAUGAGACCUCAGAGCAAGAUUUUGAUGCAGAAAUCGAACAAAAUAUGGCGUUGUUGGAGCAGAUUCUUGCUUCAGGAGAUAACGCGAGUAAAAAGCGGGAAAGUGUUAAACGUGAACGAAGCAAAAGCGCCAUCGCCGAAGACAUUUCCAUCGACUCCCCGCGCAAUUAUCCUCUUCGUCGUCAAUCUGCCAUCGUCGACUUCAAACCAAAAGUCUCCAAAUGGACCAAAGUCAAAGCGGCAUUUAAAUGGGAAAAGGCAAACGCUUUACCCGACAACGAUGAAAUGCAUCAAACCUCGUCAAAACCUCCAUCGACGCUCGUUGGAAAAACCAAAGAAAUUUCUCCCGUGAAUACUGAAGUUGCUCGUUAUUUGCGUGUUCCUUCAAUUCCUUGCACCGCAGCGAGUUCCGGAGACUCCGUCAUUAGUUCAUCGUCACGCGACAUCGGGCAAUCCCCUGACUAUUUGAGCUCCGACAGCUCUGGCGAUGAAAUGGAAAGUAAAAAAGAUCCCGCAAAAACAUUGCAAAAGCGAAACAGUCAGGAAGACAAGCGAAGUCGUUCAUUAGACAGCGAUCAAACUUUAAACGUCUCAAAAACGCAACAAAAACCAAAAUCAGCUUGGAGCAAAGUCAAAGGCAUCGUAAAAACGCAUCGAUCUUCCAUGAAAACCGUUUCUCGAUCAUCAACUUCGAACCAAAUAAGUCUCGAAGGAAGUCGUGAUGUGAGUCCUUGCGAAUCUUUGGAUUUGGGAAGUACUGCUUAUGAGAUGGAUCGAAACGACUCCUUUUCAUCGAGUCAAACAUCGCCCGGAGUGAGAAAUCCAACGCCAACGUUCACUUUAACGAAUCCCGGCAUCGAUUCAGGUCGUUUUUCGCCUUCUGUCGCGGGUUUUUCGUUUCAAGAUGACUUGCCACGCCCUCCGAUGAGACCAAUUCGGAAAAAUAAGCACAUCCCGGAGAUCCAAAGUCUUCCCGAAGGCGAAACAUUGAAGGAAUUAUUGACAAAUAUCACUCCAAAUAAUCGUAAAAUGGGUCCUCCAUCGCCGUUGGAGCUGAAAACAGACACAAGCGAUGCUGAAUUAUUCGAAAAUUUUCAAUCGCCGUCGAAAGAAUUCGUUCAGAGACCAACGACGCUCUCGAUGCCCAACAGCCCGAUGAAAUCUUUUGAAUUUUUCAUGGAUAUCGAAAGCGGCGAAGCCUCAAGUGUCGAUUAUUCGGAAUCAAGUACGCCCCAAAGACGUCUUUCGGAUAAAUCUCGGAGUUUAUUGAAGCAACGCGAAGAAAUUCAGAACAAAUAUGCGGAAUUGAAGAAAAAACUUCAGUGUGAAUUUGAGGCGAAACAAUCAGAAUGGGAUCGUUUGAGGCCCGUUUUGAGUACGAGUCCCGUUCAUAAUUUGUUUAAAGAUGAUAUUAAGGCGACAGCAGUGAGGCCUGUGGUUGAAGAUGAUUUGCCGGCGGAUUUUAAGAAGAAACUCGAUGAAUGGCGCACGAAAAAGGGACAACAAGGAAGCUUUAAGGAGGCAAGUCCUGCUGUUUCGCCCGUUAAAGAGCCCGAAAAGAAAGGAAAACCCGAUUGGGAAGGAUGGAAAACGGGACAAACAAAGUUACAAGGACAAGGAUUGGCGAUUUUACCGAAUGCGAAGGAUUUGCCGGAAGAAUUCCAAAAGAAAUUAAGUGAAUGGAAGCAACUAAAAGCCACAAACAAAGUCCCUUCGUAUUCGACACAAUCAUCAACUUCAGGCGAUAGUCUCAAACGCAACAGUUUAAAGAAGCAAAUCGUGAAAACAACAGGAAGUGUCUAUGGAGCUGUCAAAAAAUCACGCACCGUCGACGAUAUCGAGCGUCACAAGAACGAAGGCUUAUCAAAACUUAAAGCUUUGGUCACAACAGAGACGCCAAAGAAGGAAAUUGUCGUUCAAACCACAAAAGGCGUCUUGAAAUUCGAAGGCAUUUCACGGAAAUUCACGCGAAAAUUGUACGAAUGGGAAAAAGCGAGAGGAAUUGGUCCGGAAUCGUCAACUUUUGCACUUUUACAUCCCGGAUAUCAACCUGUUGUCGUCGAAUCAGGAGCUGAUGUUGCUAAGGAGAUUAAAAGAGAAAAAUCGCCUACAAUUCAACGAUCAUUCUCAUGUGAUAGCAUUUCACCGAACGUUUCGCAUCCAUCGAUUUCGCAUCAACCGUCGAGUUUGUCGCUGAACGACAUGGAUGAUCUGAAGGAACAAAUUCCAAGAGCAGAGAGGAAGAGCUCACACGUUGCCGAUGACGAAGAACCCGAAGCAGUAAUUGUCGAAGUCGAAGAAGAAAUGGAAUAUCUCUCAAGCCCCUUGAAGUCAGCGGGCGUUUCAAGUGACGAAGCCUACAUCGGACAAGACGAAGACUUUUUCAGCAUCCAGUUAACAAUCGAAGCGGUAAAAUCAGUUAGUUUUUUGAGUGUCAAAUGCAACGAAAUAGUAAUCAAACUUGAUAUCAAACAGAUGAGACAAAGUUUACAAGCGCUAAUCGACUGUUUGCCCAAGAUGAGCGUCUUCAUGGCACAACGGACAGUUCCCUUGCCUCUCAUUAAGCAGCUUUCGUACGAGAUUAUUCGUUUGCUGAACGAUUUGAUGGAAAAUAUCGAUGAGCGGAGGGAAGUUGAACCGAAAAUUAAUGCGAUUAACGAACGUUUCAACUCUUUGCGGGAGAUUUUGGAUAAAGUUUACUUACAAAAAGAACGAAAAUCAUCUCCUCCCAAAGCCGCUUUCGAGCUAAAACGUCAAAAACGCAUCCCCCAAUUGAGCGUAACGCCCGUUUAUGGCGCCCAUGCCAUCAGUACAGUCGAGUUAGAUGCCAAAAGUAAAGCUUUGGUCUCCGUAACGCCAACUUACGUCUGUACCGAGAUCAAAUUCAGCGAGCAACGAAAGAGUUCGGAUCGAGAUUUGGAUUCGGGCACGUCUCAACCGCAAAGUUCCUCGUUGGAAAGCGAAACGAAGGACAAUCGUCACAAAUUAGAACGGAAUUUAAGCACGGGAUCACGUCGCAAAGUUCGUUUACGACGCAUGGGCUCGCGUCAAAACAGCAAAACGGAGGAAAGUGCAAGCAGCGAAGACGAAGCCAUGAACAUUGUACUCGAAGCACCGCGAAAAGUCAAGCGAAAAACGAGCAAAUGCAACAAAAAAGCUGAUGAAGCAACAAUUUCGAGUCCUGUUGAUGCCCAAAACGACGAUGUUGUGUACGUUGUGAAGCUGAAACCGACUUUGGCGAACGAAACGGAAGUUCGUUACGAUUUUACGACGACCCCGUCGAAGGAAGGACAUGUCGAACUAAUUCCAGAUUCGAAGGAAGAUGUAAUUUCAGCUCCGUUAACGGCUUCUGUGUUGAUCAAAACGAAGAGAAAAAUAUUUUCUCCCGUGAAAAGUGACUCAACGGGCGAAAUAACGGAAGUUAAGGGCAUCGAAGUUGAAGAAAAUGUGAAAAAACCUCCGUUACCGCAAUCGCCGCGAGAACAACGACGCGUUAGCACGAAGGAAAUGGCUCCAAACAUUCGUCUCAUGAUCUCAAAAUACAACAAUUCGUUAAAUUCAGACACAAGCAAGUCUCCUGAAACGAAAAACUCGCCAUGGCAAUCGCCCGUUUUCGAUCGAAGAGUUCAAAAACAAGCUGCGGUGUUCCAAGAAGGCACGUUAAGCAAGUCAAAUAGUGCGGGAAGUGUCAAAAAACAAAUUUCAUCGCCCGUGCCGAGUCUUCGUUCGAUCAAAAAGUCCCAAAGUUCGAAGGAAAUCGAUGAAGAAGCGACGGGAAAAAAGUUGGAGAACAGUUCAAGCAGCAAAGAGCUGUCAAGUGAAGCGUUUUUCGAUGCCAAAGAGACUUUUGAUGAUUAUUACGACACCGUGCUGUCCUACGAUACGUUAAAAAAGAAGCUAAUUAAAGAUCUGGAAGCACAGAAGACCGUUUGUGAUGACAUUUGCAAGUUAGCUGACGACGUUGAGAAAAGUUGGCUUGAACAACGUCAAAAAGAUGCAUCCACAAAAGGCGCCGUUCGAAAAAUCCCCAAAGAAACGUACGCUCGAAGCAUUUCUUUGUUCGAAGAUCCCAACUCGGCGCCCAAAAUCACGAGAAAAGCCCAUCACGAGCAACGUCCCGCAUUUCAAACGAGCAUUUCUGUGUCGCCGGACAUUGUUUCGGACAAACCUCCGAAAUCCCCGUUGACUCAACGUGCGGAAAAACUCAGAAAAGCCAAAGAAGAGUUCCUUCAAAUGUCAAUUUUGCUCCCAAAUGUCUCUUCAACAACUGACGACGAGCCAAUUGACAAAGCCCUGAACCGUUUAAGUCAAAUAAGCACCGCGACUUGUAGCAGUAUUGACGAAUCUUUCAUCCGAAAGAGCAAAAGUCACGAAAUGCCGAGCGAAACAACGUCAGUCGAUCGUCAUAGUAGCCCGUUGCAAAGUUCCUCGUUCGCUGGGACGUCAAGCAAUGCCGGAAGUCGAUUCAAUUUGUCGGGACUUGCUUCGAAAUUUCGUCAAAUCAAGUUGCGGAAGAAUAGUAAGGAGCUGCCUGUGAGAGAAGGAGCCAUAACGGCGCUGUGUCGACAAAGCUUGAAAGCAGAUAUUACGGGAGAAAGCACAAAAGCGGAAGUUACGAGCACAAGUAGUCGAAGUAGCUUGAACGAAGGAAGUAAUGUCACGAAAUCCGUUAGUUCGCACAUUUUGAGCAGGAUUUUCAGACCGAAUAGAGAAAAGUUGAAGAAAUCGAGGAGUUUGGGACUGCUCGUUAAUAUAGAUGAUAAACGAAAGAACUCUAAAUAG